AUGGAGAACAAAACUCACAUAGCCAUUGUUACAGUUCCUGUAUACAGCCACCUACGUUCAAUUCUUGAAUUCACCAAAAAAUUGGUUCAUCAAAACCAAAACAUUCAUGUCACAUGCAUAAACCCUACAUUUGGUUCUUCUCCAUGCAACAAUGUCAAUUCUCUCUUUGAAACUCUACCAUCAAACAUAAGCUAUAUUUUCCUCCCACCAAUAAAUUUACAAGACUUACCAAAAGAUAUUCACCCUGCACUCAAAGUUCAAGCCACAAUAUUCAGUUCCGUUCCCUCGAUUCAAGAUGUGUUGAACACAUUACAUUCUAGUUCAAAACUUGCUGCCGUUGUUGCCGACGGUUUAAUAACCCAAGUGUUGCCAUUAGCCAAGAAACUCAAUAUUUUAGCAUAUUCAUAUUUUCCAUCCACAACCAUGUUACUAUCACUUUGUUUGCAUUCUACAUAUCUAGACAAAACAAUUUCUUCCGAGUACAAAGACCUAUUAGAUAAAAUAGAGAUUCCCGGUUGUAUACCGAUCAAUGCUACCGAUCUCCCGGAUCCUAUGCAAGAUCGAUCGAGCGAGGCGUAUAAGGUUUUUCUUGAAGGUAAUGAUAUAUUCUAUUUAGCUGAUGGUAUAAUGGUUAAUAGCUUUCUUGCGCUAGAAGAAAACACCAUAAGAACCUUGCAACAAAAAGAGUGUGAAGGAGUUCCUUCCAUUUACCCAAUUGGACCUUUUGUACAAAAUGAUUCAUGUAAUAAAAAAAGGGAUUUUGAAUAUUUGAAAUUUUUGGACAAACAAGAAAAAAAGUCUACUUUGUAUGUUUCAUUUGGAAGUGGUGGAACACUUUCUAAUGAACAAAUAAUUGAGCUUGCAUUAGGAUUGGAAUUAAGUGGUCAAAAUUUUCUAUGGGUUUUAAGGCCACCGAAUGAAUUUGGUGUUAUUGAUGAUCUUGAUAUAGGUGAAUAUGAUGAUGUUAAUGAUGUUCUUCUUAAGUUCUUACCUAAUGGUUUUUUGGAAAGAACAAAAGAGAAAGGUUUAGUAGUUCCAUAUUGGGCUCCACAAGUUGAGAUUCUAGGUCAUAGUUCAAUUGGUGGAUUUUUAUGUCAUUGUGGUUGGAAUUCAACACUUGAAAGUAUUGUACAUGGAAUUCCAUUAAUUGCAUGGCCACUUUUUGCUGAACAAAAGAUGAAUGCAGCUUUGUUAAGUGAUGGUUUAAGGGUUGCCAUUAGGCCUAAAGUAAAUGAGAAAGGUAUAAUUGAAAGGAAGGAGAUAUGUGAGGUUGUAAAGAAUUUGAUGGUUGGUGAAGAAGGAAAAGGAAUUAGAGAAAGAAUGGAGAAGUUGAAAGGUGAUGCUAUUGAUGCUUUGAAGGAAAAUGGAUCUUCAACAAAGACUCUUAUACAAUUGACAUUAAAAUGGAAAAGUUUAGGACUCAAUAUUUAA